AUGGUUGGGGUUGGAGAUAGCGCCACACUUGAGUUGGAGGAAUACAGUCAGUUUUCAGGCUUUGGAGAGGACACGGAGUCUGUUAAUCAUAGUCUGGCUCUACAGUCAGGAGCUUUAGGCAUGUACACGAUAGAACAUCGGGAUUUUGAUGACAGGGAUUUGGUUUGGUUUAGAGCUGACAGUGUGCAUUUGAGUGAUAUUGAUCUGGAUUUACAUAAUGUACACUUGAAAUUAUUUUUAGAUGCAUCAGAUUGGCAACUGAAACUCCACAGUGGUGGCAGUCGAUGUGAUGGAUAUGUGGAAGUGUACUAUAAUGGUACCUGGAGAAGACUGUUGGAUGAUCAAUGGAACAUCCAAGAUGCUAGCGUUGUCUGCAAUCAUCUGAAUUGUGGGGCUGCUCUGAAAGCUUUCACUUCUCCUGUGUAUGAAAACAGGAAUAGAUCAUCUUGGGCAAUACAAGUGCAAUGCCAGGGUAAUGAGUCUUCUCUGCAGAUGUGUAAUUACUCGCAAAAAAAGGAACUCGACUUUACUGGAUCUGAUGUCGGAGUGCUUUGCUCAGAUCAUCUACAGAUCAGGCUGAGGGACGGAGGAGACUAUUGUGCUGGAAGAGUGGAAGUCUACUAUAACAACUCCUGGGGGACAGUAUGCGAUGACCACUGGGACCUGCAGGAUGCAGAGGUUGUCUGCAGGCAGCUCGGCUGUGGUAGAGCUAUACGUGCAAUGGCAGCAGCUUCUUUUGGACAAGGCUCAGGCCCAGUGUGGCUGGAUGACAUGCAGUGUAAUGGGAAUGAGUCAUUUCUGUGGGAGUGUCCAGCAGUUAAUUGGGGAAAGCAAAACUGUAAGCAUAAAGAGGAUGCUGGUGUCGUAUGUUCUGCAAGGAGUCUGGAGAAUGUAUUAGAUGUUUCAUUGGCACUGUAA